AUGCCGACACAACAUUUCCUGCCGUGGCUUCGCGCUAUCAGGGCCAAUCGUGUCUUAAUUCUUACAUUCUCUAUCGGCAAUCCCGAGAAACCUAUUGCUUGGGUUAUUUGGUUCUGGCCAACGAUCGAGGGCCUCAAGAUUUCACCUGACAACCUCGAGGCGAUGCGGCUUAUUUACGACUUCCGACUCCCCAGUUGCAUUUGUGCAAUUGAUGAUCCUGAUCCUAACGCUUACACCGAGGCUGCAGUCUUCCUCAACACCAAAGUCGGCAGCCUGCAGGCAUUUCAAAUGUGGCUACUACAGUUGUAUCUAUCCCACAACUACCCGCGUCAACCUGUCGAGCGUCGACCGGAAACUGCUCCUCGGCCUGCUCCGAUUGAGUUCUUGCCAACCACUACUGUGGGGCGGUCCCUUGUCGCGGAUAGGCUGCUUCCACUUCAUACUCCUUCGACUCCUUCGGGUUCAAGCUCUAGUACUUCCGGACCUUCCACCCCUGCAUCACAGGUGUCGACUUCCAGUUCGCGUUCCGUAAUAGCCUCAGGAUCAUCGUCCGGCUCUACUCGCGGGAUUCGUCGUGCACGAGAAGAUUCAGCGGAUGAUUCGCCUUUGCAGAUUGCUCGCCGUCGUCGCCUUAAUGCCGCAGUUGGCAGCCCAGUCCGAAGCCUGCCAAUUACUCGUCAGACUCCCACCAACACCGAUAGUAUUGAAGCCACCCCAUUCCAAAAGCUUCUCCGUAUGGAUGGCCAUGAUUCCCUCGAUGGUCUGUACAUGUGGGAGCUCAUCGAUCUUCUCUCGGAAUGUCAGCGGUGUGGUCUGAUUAAGACCAAGAAUACAUUCCGAUUCCACGUUUGCCCCGGCGUUCCUGCUCGUCACCGUCCAGAUGCUCCAGUUCCCAUUGAGACGAUUGACAAGAAUGGUAACGUUGUACUUGACCUUUCUCACCUCGACGAUUGA